CUACGGGACUCCGCUCCACAGUUGCCGGCGGUCUCGCGCUCCGAUCACGCGGUCAGGAAUGACAAGCGCGCUUUCACCCGCGACCGCUACUCGACAACCGAAAUGGAUAUUCCUUUCUGAUUUGACUCGAUAAUUUUCGGUGGUGGUUUCCGAUCUCUAUGUACCGUGGUUCACAUUGUGGUGGGUAACUUUUACCAGCUGAUUACCUCUGUUUUCUUACCGCUGUGCUGUGUUUGUGUGAAUAUGAGUGCCGGGAACUUUGAGUACUUCCACGAGAACGAGGACCAUACUGAGAGGAUGGGGCUGCUCAACGGGACCGCCUCUCAGGACACUUCUGUCGUUCAGGGAUUGUUGGUGGCUAAGAUAAUAUCGAUGGUAAUUUUAGGCUGUGUAUCUUUCUUUCUCGGUUGUAUCCCUAUCAAGUUAGUUAAGUAUAUAGGUAGUUCCUCUCCGAGUAAAGGGCAUCUAGGUCACUCCCACGAAGAACAGCCGCUGAUUCUCUCGCUGCUGUUGUGUUUCGGGGGUGGUGUUCUUCUGUUCACUACUUUCCUCCAUCUCCAGCCCGAGGUGAGGUUGGCCAUUCAAGAGUUGACGGAGGAGGGUAAACUACCCAAGACCGAACUGCCUUUCUCAGAGCUGGUUUUCUGUGCCGGGUUCUUCUUCGUGUACAUAGUGGAGGAGUUCGUGCACGCGUGUCUAGACCGUAACACACACCACCACGAAGACGAGGCUGUGCUACAUCGUACCAUGAGUCUCCGCAGGUGUUCCAAGAGAGGGUCGUCCCACCACGAUGGGACCCUCAUCCCACGAGCCAGCCUUCAUUCUGCACCCGCGAAAACUCCCGAGUUGUCCGGAAACGGUACCACGAGCACCACUGCUAGCACUCAGGGUCUGCUACACGUGUCGACCAUCAGUGGUUCCAAGACGAGGAACCCUCUGGAUCCUCAGCUUCGGAUGACCGGAGGACCGCUCGAUUCGACUGAGAUGUCAAAAGAAGACGACGACCUCGAGAACCCCAGAACGACAGCCCAAGUUGUCGCUAAAUCUUUCCGCGGUUUCCUCGCCGUUCUUGCCCUUUCCUUCCAUGCGAUUUUCGAAGGCCUCGCCGUCGGGUUGGAAAUGAAAACAACAAAUGUUUGGUACCUUUUUGGAGCUAUAGCGACCCAUAAGUUCGUCAUAGCAUUUUGUGUUGGUAUAGAACUUGUUUCUUCAAAAACAAAGAAUCUCCUAAUCUUGCUCUAUAUCGGCACCUUUGCUAUCGUCACCCCGCUGGGCAUCGGCUUCGGCAUCCUCCUCUCUGGAGAUUCGUCGGGGAUCAACGCUGCCUCUCCUGUCACCACUAUCCUGCAGGGUAUGGCGGCCGGCACCCUGCUGUACGUCGUGUUCUUUGAGGUUCUUCAGAAAGAGAGAGCCAACACUAAACACGGUGCCUGGCAACUCAUUUCUAUCAUCAUUGGCUUCAUGGUGAUGCUUGGUCUGAGCAUUUUGGUGGGCCACGAUCACGGUCACGGACACGGUCACAGUCACGGCCACAGUCACGACCACCACGGGGCAGCGCUGAAUCUCACCCUCCACACCCACGAUCACGAGCAUGACCACGAUCACGACCACGAUCACGACCAUCACCAUCACCAUCACUAACACACACUAACAGCUCUUUGUGGUAAUCUUGUAUAUACCACAGUUUACAAACAAUGUUUACUUUAAAACAUCAAUUUGUUAUAAUAAAACUUCAAGACUUGUAUGUACAUACCAAAGUUUUAGAAAUACUUCUCUUUACACGAUUGCUUCGGGGUUUUUAAGUUUGUAUAUGCACUUUUCUUUGCCUUCGUGAUCUUGAAUGUAAAUCACGACUUUUAAACUGGGAUUAGUUUCAUUAUUUGAUGGCACACGUUUUAGAGCUUUAUAUUUAAUUAUUAUGAGAAGAAAGGUUUUUAUAUAGUUAAAGUAGUGGCACAACUUAUCUUAAUUUUAUUUUUUUUUUUUUAAUCGCACAGUAACUUGUGAAAGUAAUUAUGUAGGAUUGAAUGUAAUAAUUAGUUACAAUGAACUAAUUAUUACAUUUUGAAGGAACACUGUUUAAAAAGAAUUAAGUGAUUUGUUUAGAUUUUUUGUUUGUUUUAAACCAUAAUAAAUUAUUUUUAGCCACUAAGUUUUUUCGGGCUUCCAUUGGAAAUCAAAUGUUAUUUUGUACCCAGUACAAUCGAUAAGGUAUUUUAUUAGUGUUAGUGAGUGUUUCUCUUAUUGUUAAUAAAACACAACUUGAAAUCAUAGAUCUAUAAAAGUUUCGUGUUAUUAUAUGUAAUUAGAUAUGAUUUACUGUGUAUUGUUUAAUGGACAACUUACCUGAAGUACUAAUGUACAUAUUUCUAAUAUUAACACGUCGCUGUGCAAUCUGCCUUAGCAUGAUAUUUUUACCAUUGUUAUUAUCUAUAUCAUAUGUUACUAUUUAGAGAUAUUUUCCUAUUGUAGAUUAAUGGCUACACAAUGCUCAUUCACCGUUCAGUGAUUUUUUACUGUAAUUUUGUAAAUAAUAAUCACAGGUAAAUUAACUUUUUGAAAGUUAAAAUUUGAACCAUUGCUUGUAUAAUAACGUUGUUACGAUGGUAAUUUUAUACCUGGAUACAAAUAUUCAUGCAAAUAUAGAAUCUGUAAAAGACUAUCAUGAAACCAGCUAAAUGCUCUAAAACCAUAAGCGAGUUUAAUAGGUCUGGUUUGUAUUUUAUUCGUUUUCAGACGUAUACAAUAGUAAUAAAAUCAAAAUUUAAUCAUCGUGUUUUUCAUAGAUAUUGACGUAAAAGGUUAGCAAUCCAAAAAAGAUCAUACAUAACUUACAGAGCAUAAAAUAAUACUCACCUAUAAACCAUUUAUUCCAUCUUGUGUAUAUAUUUAAUAAAAGUACUUUUAUGAAACAUAUAUGAGUAAGGACAAAAUUAACAGUGUGUAAAUGAUAUUUCUAUUCUGGUAUACAAUGAGGGUUUUAAUUUAGUCUUAAUUUUUACGUGGAUAACCCCUAGUUUCGGGUUUAUUUAUAUAUUAGUAUUUUAUUUUACUUACGUCAAGUAAGUGUUACACAUUGUAUUUUUCCUUUUUACUCUGCCAGAAUGAGUUUAAGUUCAGCCUUUUUAGUUCAGUUAGGUCUGGAAAGAGAACUAAAUUGGGCUGUUGUAUUUUGCAUUGCUGUUGUUCACCGUAGAGCAAGAUUUUUCAUCACUUGACGAGCAAGCAUUGAUGAAAUCGUAGUCGAAAUUACAGCACUAUAAAAGUCGAACAUCCUCAUUUAGAUCCAAAAUUUUAUUUUUAUGUUUGCUAUUUUAAUGGUUUACUGAUAAGUGUAUUUAAAAAAAAUAGUAAACUUUGUUUAUGAAUGUAUUCGUAUAUUCAAUGAUUUCAAAAAAUUAUCAAAAAGAUGCGAUCUUUACAUGAUCUAACCACAAUCGUCAUGAUAUAUUUUAGAAAAUUUCGGCUUUUGGCCAUAAAACAAUUGUUUUUAGUACAAAAAGUAAAAUAUAGAAUAGGAUAACGACGUAUCCACUAUAGCCGCUUGUCAAAUUUGGUUAACUGGACUGUUUGUUGAGUCACAGUCAACGUUUAUAAACCGCGAAAUUGAGCACGUUUGUAUAGACAUUUUCCCGAUGUAUUGAGAAUAUAAAUGAAACAAUUAAUUUUAAACAAACAUUCUAUAUGAAACAAUUCAAUUUUAAACAAAUAUUCUAUAUGAAACACAAUUCAAUUCAUUUCCGUCUACAAAAUAGACGAAGUAAAUAAAUAAUGUAAUAAACAUAACCAAUCAAUCACUUAUUAUAUAAAAUAACUUAUUAAUACAACCUGAAUUAGGAUAGUGGUUGUAUAAAAGUUUAUCAAUUUGAUCAGCAAGGUACACUAUAUCCCCCCCCUACUUCGUUUUAGAGUUGUUUUUAAAAAAGAUUGUGUACCUUUUUCUCCCCAAAAAGAAAAAUAAAGUAAAAAGAUUUUCAUACAGCACGUUAUGUACAAAUAGGUUGUAAAAUGCAAUAUUAUUUUUUUUGCUACGCAUACGAACGCACAUGAUGUGUAAACCUUGCUAACUACUGUACCUGUUACAUGACUAAAGGAGCAGCAACACUUUAUUUAGCCUGCAGGUAAAGAAAUAUCUGAAUUUAGUCAUUUGUAUUGAAUAGGAUAGCUCUGAGUAUUAUUUUUGGUUUGGUAAAAAGUUAAAACUGUAUUUGCGUAAAACGUUAUUUUUAUAACAGGUCACUUCUUGUUUCAGUUAUUUUCUCCUGCUUUGUCUUGGGUUUCAGGUCGAUAAGAAUUUUAUUCGCUCUCAUAAAAAAACUCUUCUUGAUUGUAGAAGAUGAGUCAUUAAAUAAAGUACGCUGUACAGUAUAUAACAUGAUAAAAAUGUAGAAGAUGCAUUUCCAAAGAUUUCUUGAUAACUUCUUUUCUGCAGUGUUAUUGCAUUGGGCUUGCCUUUGUAUCUCUGUAUUUGUUAGUUUAACAUUAUAAAAAUAAUUUAUUACAACGCGAAAUACUAGAGCUUCCCAUUAAUCAAAAUUAAAAGUAUUUUUAUUACCUACUCCUUAUGACCAUUUACAAAAGUGCACAAUUAUAGUUGCAUACUUUAAACCGAUAGUAAUUUACCUAGUUUAAAGAUGUCAUUGACGGUGUAUACAAUAUGUUGAUUGCUUGUAAAUUAAUAUUUUUACUGGCAAUUAGAAACCCUAACAAAAUAUUUCCUAAAUAUGACAAGUGAUUGCAUCAUCUUGUCGCAUUGUGAUAUUAUUGUGAUAAGUGUGUCUGUUCUUGCUUUCUUCUUAGAGUUGUUGUACUGUUGUUAUUCAUACAUUAUAACGUUGUGUAUUAUACAGUAGGUAUUCUUUUCUUUCCACAUUGUGUAUUAUAUGUACGUAUUGUAUUUUGAAAUAAUAUAACUGUAUUCAUUUAUUUUCUA